GAGUGGAUAGAGAGUGUCGACCAAGCUUGUCUUGAGCUCUGGCACUGGGCCAGAGGCUGGAGUGAAGAGAAACCAUCAGAUGUUACGCUGACUGUAUUUGUGAACGAGACCUCUGGCCUGCGUCAAAUUUGGAACACAAGAGGAUUCCUCAAUUCCACAUGGAUCCAAGACAAGGUUGAUUACAGUGCAUCGGGGCCUCACCAGAUUAUCUUGCAAGCCAGCAGUCUAAGCUCACAUUCAAGCUUUUCCCUUGAUGAUGUCCACAUCAUAAGGAACAAGUCAUGUCAUGAUGUUAUCCCCACCACCACCCCGAAUCCUGCCACCACCACGACUGCUACUCCAGAGUCUGGGGUGCACUGCACUUUUGAACAAGAUCUGUGUAACUGGCUCCAAGAGGUCAACGAUGAUUUCAACUGGACCCUCAGUAGAGGACUGGAAGUGGACGAGCCAUGGAACGGACCUCUGUACGAUCACACUGUAGGAAAUAACCAAGGAUUUUAUUUACUUAUAAAUGGCUCUGGAUUCAGUGAAGGUGAGAGGGCAAGCAUCUCUGCUGACGUCAGCCAUUCGACAUCACAAAUUUGUCUUGGGUUCUGGUAUUACAUGUUGGGGCCUUCGGUGUCCACCAUUGAUCUGCUGGUUGAGAGAAAAUCCUCCAAAGAGUUGGUUUGGACUCGCAGAGGGACGCAGAAUCCAGAAUGGAUCAAUGCACAAGUAACCAUCAACUUGGAGGAAAUGACGCGGGUGAUCUUCACUGGUCAGAGAAACAGUAACAGUGAGGGAUUUCUUGCGCUUGAUGACAUCACUGUGAGCAAUGGGGCCUGCAAGAAGCAGAGUGUCUGCGGGUUUGAUUCUGGCUGGUGCGGAUUUGAGAAAGACGUUGGUCACGUGGGUCAGUGGAGCCGUGAAAGAGGCACAAAAGACAACAUGGAUCACACCUAUGGAACCGAGAAUGGUUACUAUAUGACUGUAUUAAAGUCCAAUUCGGAACAACUUGAAGUCGCUCAGCUGUUGUCACCUAACUUCAACUCGCCUGUGGAGAUGUGCGCGCGGUUCUGGUACCGAUUGCCCGCUGGAGCAUCAAACAUGCUGUCUGUCCAUGUGCGGAGCAGCGAACUGGGUAAGGCCCUUUGGCAGCGGUCUGGAGCUCCCUCUUCGGACUGGGAGGUGGCAGCGGUCACAGUGUUUUGGCCAACAAAGUUCAAGGUGGUGUUUAGGGCAUCCCAUGAAGCAGGCAUGAAUUCCACAGUCCAACUAGAUGAUUUUUCUGUGACGGAAGGAGCCUGCAAUCCCAUGGCCAACUGUGACUUUGAAUCAGGACCCUGCAACUGGCUCAACAUGCCCACUGAAGACGGACACAGCUGGGUGCUGGCCAAAGGGGGCUUCCAUGGUCCACCUGCGGACCACACCAUUGAAUCGCCAGAAGGUCAUUUCUUGUUGAGCUUAUCACCACACACAACCGGCCGCAGCGUGGCUCAGAUAGCAUCCGAAUGGAUCCAACUCAAAGACGCCCCGGCCUGCCUCGCCCUAUGGUACCAUAUGGAUAGCGGUGAGCCUGGGACCUUGCGUGUGCUGAUUCGCUCAGACCUGCCCGAGGACGAGGUAAUCUUCCAGAUAAACAGCAGCAGUGGACACAAAUGGAAGAGCUUCUCUCAAAGUUUAAAGCAGAGCAAACCUUUCUGGUUACUGAUCGAAGCAGAGACGAACAAAGGAGGCUUCUUUGCCAUCGACGACAUCAGUCUCACACCAGGUCCUUGUCAAGUGAAUGAAACAAUUUCGAUGUUCGAGGGCUGCACGUUUGAAAACGACACAUGCGGAUGGGAGGACGUCAGUGUUGGCCAGGGUCAGUGGGAAAGAGGAAGGAACGCCACUGGGAACGCUGGACCGUCUGUCGAUCACACACUGGGCACAGCGCUUGGCUGGUACGUCUCGGUGAUCCCGUACAACGGUGACCACAUAAGCCCUGCUGCCUUGAAGAGUCCCGUCAUGAAACAGGCCAGCGCCGCCUGCACACUCAAUUUCUACUACAACAUGUAUGGAGAAGAGUUGAAGGUGCUACUCAGCGAAAGCUCUCGUACCACCGUCCUGUGGUGGCAGUCGGGCAGCGGUGCCGAUUCGUGGCAGGUCGGUGAGGUAACAGUCGGUAGAAGGCGUCAAGACUUCACCGUCCUCUUUGAAGCCACCCGCGCUUUCGUGAAGCCAGGCCAUGUCGCCGUCGAUGACAUUAACUUCACCAGCUGCAACCUGCCAGAGCCCCAACCUGUGUGCCACGAAAAUAUGUUCACAUGCAAUAACAGCGUGUGCGUGGAGAAGAACCGAGUGUGUGACUUCACAGAUGACUGCGGCGAUUGGACUGAUGAGAGCAACUGUGAGCAACAAGGUGUGACUGAGCGCUGCAGCUUCGAACAAGGCCUGUGCUCUUGGACUGAAAGCAACUUGGACGAACCUGGAGCCAGAUGGACCCGAAGAAAAGGUCAAGAUGCUUGGCCGGAAGCUGGACCCCCCAGGGAUCACACCCUCAACAAUGCUGCGGGGAACUAUAUAACUCCAGGGACUCACCUUACAGAGAGGGGGCAGAUAGUUGAGAUUCUCUCCAAAACAUUACUUCCUAGCAGAAAUUGCACGAUCAGAUUCUUCUACUACAGCCUGCAAGACGCCACAGGAAAACUCUCAACACGGUCCAGGAUGUUCCGCUCCGGUACCGACGACAUCGUGUUGUGGCUCAGGACAACCUUGCACAGCUACAACUGGCAGAGGGCAGACGUAAUUUUCUCCUCCUCUGUCAAGUGCAAGAUUGUGUUUAGGUACGAGCUAGGCACUGGGAACACAGGACACGUUGCGUUGGACGACGUGUCCUUCUCCAAGGAGUGUGCCUUUGACCCUCACAAUAGCCCACUGCCUGACACAUCGCCCACUUCGGCCUCCCCGACCACACCUGCAACCUCCUCUGCACCCACCAGCCCGUGUCAAGAUAAUGAGUUCUUUUGUUGGCGCUCAGCAGGAGAAAUGUGUAUCCUUUCCAUGUUAAAGUGUGAUUAUCGCCUCGACUGUCCCAAGGGGGAGGAUGAGGAUGGCUGCGGUAGGUUGCAUGUUAUAGCCACAGUUUUUCUUUUUUUAUUAAUCACCAUCGGCUGCUGCAUCUCAUCAAACGGGAAACAGCAGCUGCGUUGUUGUUGUCAAGCUUUCCCUUCUGUUAGGUGUUGUUCUCGAAAAGUAUAUGACUCAGGUGCGCUUCCCCUUGUUGUUCCCGACAUGCUUACUCACACUCGGCCCUCGCAUGUUGCAGGUCCGUGCACCUUCGAGAGGGACCAAUGCGGCUGGACGGACCUUGGUCAGUCGCAGAGGACGUGGCGCAGGCAGAAGGCCGGCGGCAGCGCUUGGCCGCCCACCGAUCACACCACACACACAGGCUUCUACAUGAGCGUCAACUCUAGUCAGGCGUCUGUGCCGAGCGAGGCCCGACUCCAGAGCUCCCGUCUCCCGCCCUCGUCGCCCUACUGCCAGAUUAUGUUUCACUUCCACAUCAGCGCCGAGUGUGCUGGCUCACUUCGAGUGCUGACGCGGCACGCCGGUGGAAGUGAAGCAAUCCUGUGGUCACGCAGCCGCAACACCGUCCCCCACUGGAUGCCCGAAUCUCUGCCCCUGGGGCCUCACCUGCUGUCGUACGAGGUUAUGUUCAGUAGCUGGAAUAAUGGAACUCGAGGAGACACCGCCGCCGCGACUGAUGCUUGCGUUGUCGCUGUGGACGACAUCUCCUUUCUCAACUGCCACCAGUCCUUCCGUCCUCCAGCCCUCUCCGUUUUCGGUUGCGCUUUUGAAGAAGGUCUUUGCGUUUGGACGCAGGGGGCCGACGACCAGCUGGACUGGCUCACUAGGUCGGGUCCGACGGACACACCCAACACCGGGCCUGCAGGCGACCACACGACGGGAAAAGGGAACUACAUCUACAUAGAGGGCUCCCUUCCAAGUGCAAAGAGUGACGUUGCCCAGCUCAAGUCUGCACUGCUGCCACCUGCAGUUCAACAGGGAUACUGUCUCAUGUUUUGGUACCACAUGUUUGGAGCCACUGUGGGUUCUUUACGACUGUUCCUACUGACAGCUGAGUCAAUGGAGAAAACUCUGGUGUGGCAAAAAUCAGGAAACCAAGGGGAUGAGUGGCAUGUGGCGCAGAGUCACGUGACCCUGCAGCGUGUCCACCAGGUGAUCGUGGAGGCCAGCGUGGGAGGCGAGGCGGGCGACAUUGCCAUCGAUGACAUCUCGCUUCUCCCCGGCGCAUGCCCCGCCUCUGAUGUAUGUGAUUUCGAGGAGGGAAGCUGUAACUGGCAACAGCAGAGCGACGACGAUGCCAACUGGAUCCGACACUCGAGCGCCACCCCGAAUCCCAACACGGGCCCCGAUAACGACCACACCACCAACACGCCCGUGGGGCACUACUACUACCUGCCCUCCUCCAACCAGGACAUCUCUCGUCAGACCGCCUCUAUGUUGUCACCUGUUUACCCCCCAGAAAAAGGAGCUUGCGUACAGAUGUGGUACCACAUGUACGGCAAGGGCGUUGGCACGCUGAACGUUUAUCAGCAGAGCGAAGACGGGGUACGAGCUCUGAUUUUCUCCCAGGCAGGUGACCAACGCAGCCUGUGGAGGUUCGCUCAGGCUGCGCUUCAGCCUCGGGUUCAACCAUAUAGGCUCGUGGUGGAGGGUGUGAAGGCCGGUCCGACCCAGGAGGGCGACGUGGCCUUUGAUGAUGUCCACGUGUCGGACGCCAAGUGCCCCCCGCACGACGCCUGCGACUUCGAGCUCAACAUGUGCAGCUGGAGUAAUGUUGGUGAAGGAGUGGACCAGAACGACUGGCUCCGUGGUAGGGGAGCCUCCCCGAACCCCAACACGGGACCUGACAUGGAUCACACCACAAACGUGCCAUAUGGUUACUAUCUGUACGUGGACAGCUCGGUUGGUCAGUGGGGCGACGCCUCCUUCCUAAUCAGUGAUGUGCUCCAACCGGCCACUAGAGGGCAUUGUCUCACGUUCUGGUACCACAUGUUUGGUCCUGAUGUUGGGACUCUUCGAGUCUACAUUAAUGACAGAAAAACGCACGACAGCGGUAACGAGGAAGGCAUUCAGAAGUGGGUCGAGAUUGGAAACAAGGGAGACAAGUGGCUGAAGGCCAGUGUGUUUGUUGAGCACCACAGUGCAUUCUGGUAUGUGUUUGUGUAUCAGAGGGGGGAGAUCGCAGGUGGGGACGUUGCCCUGGAUGACAUCACCGUGCUCCGUGGACCCUGCUACACCGAGCCCACCGUUGACCCUGUCGAUAAUAACACUGAUAUGUUGUCUUUGGGCCUCGCUGUGGGUCUGACUGUCCUUGCUGGAGUAGCCAUCUUGAUCUUCCUUAUUAGAUUGAACUUGAAGCACUGUGCAAAGAGCGGGUCAUCUGGGACGAGCAACAAUGUUCUCGGUCAGAACUCCGUGUUUGACCUCUUUGACUGCAGAAUAAAUGGCACAGAGGAUGGAAGUGUAUCUAACAUGUCCUUCUUUAACAAUCUGUACAAUGGCUCUCCUAGUGCAACCAACACUGACUCUUCGAGGGCCUAGCAUCAACAUCCUUUUGUUUGGUUAAGCAGUCUAUUCCAAACAUGUAAAAGGAGGAGAAGGGAAGUUUUAUGAUAAAAGAUACAAUAGUUUUGGUUGUGUGUUAUAGUUAUGAUCUAUCUGUUAGUCAUCAAGGUGCAAUUAUUUUGAAUAUAUCAAGAGUCGAUGUGUUUUCUUUUUUCUUUCAGAUUGGAGCAUCUUGUCCUUUUUCUUAUUAAUCAAAUAAAGAACCCCUGAAUUGUCUUUUUAAUUA